UUUUCCGACGCCCACAAAACACACACACACACACACACAUACUGAAAAAUCGGAGAAGAAAAUUCAUUGAAGAAACUAAAAUGCAGAUACUGAAUCAGAUUUUCACUCCUUGUGCUUUUCCUCAAAUCCGUAGUUCUCUCUACCAAACCCUAGCAUUUUCGAGAACACGGUUGGGGUUAAGUACGAAGAGAAGAUGGAUCGCCGGUGGUUCCUUGUUGUUUGUCGAUUCGAGAAAUAAAUUAUGCCAUUGGGGUAAAAAGGAGAAGAUGGCUGUAGUUUCAGCUGUUGGGGAAGGAAAUUUGGGUGCCGGCGUGCAAAAAAAGAGAAAAGUUAUUGAACAUAUAUGCCUAGUCAAAGCAAAAGAAGAUUUGUCUGAAGAGCAAGAGAACGACAUGCUGGAUUACCUUUAUACGACGCAAUAUCAGAUGCGUGGCAUCAUUGCCAUAUCAUUAGGGCGUCUUUCUGAAAAUCCUGAACAAUAUACACACGCGAUCUAUAUGCGUUUCCAGACAGAAGAGGACCUGGCCAAGUUUUACGAAAACCCUUUUUAUAUGAGAGUUCUUGAGAAACAUGUGAAUCCUUACUGCCAUGGGUUUGUCAAUUUUGACUAUGAAUCUGAAGUAGAAGAUGAUAUCCUAGCAAUAUUUCGUAAGGGAGAGGAGUUUAACCAUGGAGUCGAGCUUGUGCUUCUUUUACAAUUUAAUGGGAGUUCUUUGGAUGGGCCCACAGAAGAUGCGAUGGCUUCGCUGGCAAACCUUACAAUGGAGUUCCCUUCUUUAAUUGUUCAAGCUACUAAAGGUCCGAAUGUGAAUACGAGCAAUUCAGAAUAUACGCAUGGUGUAGUAAUACGAUUUCGGUCAUCGGAGGCAUUCAAGAUGUUCAUGAGCAGUUCAGAAUACAAUACUAUAUGGAAAUCUAAAUUCGAGCCCAUCGUCCAAAAGGCGUUGUCCCUGCAUUUUUCCGUCGACCCUGUCGGCAAAGAGCUUAUGUAGCUGAGGUCAGGUUUUUUCAUACGCCCUUCGAUUAUUUUCAAAAAAUAUAUAUAUAUUAUUGCAAAAAUCGCAAAAUUUUCGGAUCAAAAUAAGUAGAACUCAAAAUUCAUGUUAUAAUCUACACCUCUAUACCUAAAUUUGACUUUCAGACAGUAGACACAAGACAUUGUAUUAUUGUCUGUAUGAUUAAUUACUUUUUUAAUGACAAGAAUUGAUAAUAAUAUAACCUGCAGUUGACUGUUGAGCCUGGUUGCAUUAUUAAAUUUUUUUUAUAUUAUAUAAGAAGAUAAUAAAGAAAGAUUAGCUACUACUAUAUUGGUUAUAUAAUAUGGUUGUUUGACUUGUUUAGAUCAGCUUAAGUUAAUAAAAUUUUACGUUAAGCCGGUGUCUUAAACCAACUCGAUUAGUUGUUAAUUGUACUUUGAUGUAUUGGUUUUGCUGCAUUUAUAUUUCUCUCAUUCCCACUAACUUCUGGCUCGUUUGAGUCUGAUUUGCUGAUAUAACUAACCAAACUUGAACGUAUAUUUUUCUUUCGAUAAGCUAUAAAUAACACUUGCCCUCGAAUUCGAUUAAGAAACAACUGACAAAAAAUUCGAUAAACACUCGAACAAGCUUCAACUAUUUGUUCGCCUCAACUCUAGAGAGAGAAACAUAAAAAAAAAUCUUCAUUCUUCUGAUAAAAAAAAUGGCGAACAAAAUAAUAAAGUAUAUGUUGUAUACAUGCUACAUUUAACAACCAAUACCUGGAAGUAAACAAUAUUAUGAACAUCAACUAUACAUUCUACCGGAGAAAAAAAAUUUAAAAAACCCCAAAACAAAUACUAGAAAUUGUAUUCCUCAAAAAGAAAAAGAAAAAAAUUGUUGUAAGAAAAAGAAAAGGAUCAGUUGUGCAGAGGAUUCGGCCCGCCUGGAGUUAUUCUAUAUGAGACUCUGUAACUCGAUUCGUCGUUGUCUUUGUUUCUUGAUUUCUUCGGAGAAUUUGCUGGAAAAUUAAAAUACGAUGAAUAUGUGGAAUUAAAUCUUGAUGGGGGCCCCACCGGACCUUGUGCCUGAGAGCUGUAUCUCUUUGAUUCUUUGCGUAAAUCGCGACAAUUCGAGAGGUGGCUGAUGCUGAGUAUGAACACCAUCGUUACAAGAAUCAGUGAUUGGAUUCUCAUUUAUAUUUAUAUAUAUGUGUAUAUGUAUAUAUAUGAUAAUCUCUGCAACUGAUUUUUGCUGGAGAAGAAAUGUAGGAGUAGAGAAAAAGAUUAUGGGACUAAGAAUCAUGAUUCAGAUAAAUGAGCUUAAUAUAAGUCAGUCUGGUCCUUGGUAAUUACGAAAAUGCCCCCCGUUGGUGUGUGUGAAAUUCGUCCAUUGGUUUAUUACUAGAAGAGCACAAUGCCUUGCUGGAAACUGUUGACCAUCUUGUAGAGAUUGACUUUUGUGCUUGUGUGUGUAGGGUAUAUUAGGAAUUUAAUAUUCUUCAAUUAUUUUCCAGCUGGGAUAAUGAUAGUAUUGACUAAUGACUAUCAUCUAUGAUAGAUUUUUUUUUUA